AUGAUGAAGAGAUUCACUAAACAAAGAAGCUUGGUGAAACCUGCAAAGACAAGAUUUGCUACUGCUUUCUUGAUUUUGCAUAGGAUGUAUGAGCAAAAAAGCAAUUUGAAGAAGUUAUUUGUUUUAUAUGAGUACACUAACAAUGCCUAUGGAAGGGAAGCUCGAGGGAGAGAAUCUGCAGAUAUAAUACUUUCUCCUUCAUUCUGGAACAAUGUGGUUCAUGCAUUGAAGAUUGGUGGUCCUUUAGUUAAAGUGCUUCGUUUGGUGGAUGGGGAGCAAAGGCCACCAAUGGGCUACCUGUACGAAGAAAUGGAUAGGGCAAAGGAGGCUAUUCAAGUCUCUUUUAGUGAUCAAAGAAAAUACAAAAGAGUCUUUGAGAUCAUAGAUAAAAAGUGGGAUAGUAAGCUUCAUAGCCCUUUGCAUGCAGCUGGACUUGUUUUGAACCCGGAACUGUUUUAUGACAAUGAAGAGAGGAUUCUAGGAGAUGAACCUUUAUGGAAUGGAUACUAUGAAUGUAUUGAAAAGUUGAUACCUGAAGAAUCCAUGCAAGAUAAAAUAACAGAGCAAUUUAGUAUUUAUAGGAAUGCUGAGCAACUUUUUGAAAAAAACAUGGCGAUUAGACAAAGAAAGACGAAGUCACCAGUUGAAUGGUGGAAGAAAUAUGGCCAUUCCACUCCAGAUUUACAAAAGUUUUCCAUCAAGAGGAACAAACUAAUCUUGAAGCAUCUCAAUGAUCUAGUAUUCAUUAAGUACAAUAGAACAAUGAGGCGUCGUUACAACGCUCGCAAUGUAAUUGAUCCAAUUAGUUUGGACAACAUCAAUGAUGCUAAUGAAUGGCUAACUGGAGUCCCGAAAGAUCAUGCAGAUGAAGAAGUAUUUGAGAAAACUUCUGAUUUCACUUGGAGUGACGUUGCGGAGGCGCGUGAAAUUGGGGAGAGGAUUUAUGAUUUGAGGGGGAGUACCUCAACUUCAAGUUCACAUAGGAAGGGAAAAGAGGCAGCUACUUUGUCCCUAGUUGAUGAAGAAGAAUAA